CUUAGCAGGCAGUCUUGUCAUGUCUGAGUGAGUAGGAGGUGAGCACCAGUCUCUGCCUGCCUGCCCAUUGCUCAGGAGCGCUAUAAAUUAUACACAUAAUGCAAUAGAUUUAUAAGAUGAAUUUAAAAGGAGAGAAAACUACAUUUUCCCCACAUCCAUCUGGUUACUUGAUAGAUACCGCAAGUCAGCCAUCUUUAUCCAUGAGGUCAACACUUUCUGGGACAAGUGAUAGUCUCGAUGACCCUGAUGAAGACAGAGCAAGACCGAGGACAUUUCUACAUUCCUCAUGGGCUUCACAUGGAAUUUCAACAUCCCAAAUUCAUCAUAAUCCGUACAUAGGGGCACACAAAUCUGUAUAUCCUAGUUUCAGCAAGAGCAAAGAAUCAGAACAAUCAUUGAGGAAAUCUAGAUUUCAAGACCAGUACUGGGCAUAUGCCAUUCCAGACACUCUUCCACCUUGUCCAGAUCGAAAGUCUCCACACUGGGAUCCUAAUAAAGAGUAUCAAGACUUGCUCGAUUACACAUAUCCUAUACAUCCAAAGUACCAUAUUAGUAAACAAAGUGAGGACACAGACUCUGAUCCCUUUUUUAAUGACUCUGGGAUAGAUCUUGACAGCUAUAACAUCUCGUGUGACAACAAGUUAAACUCUACCAGCAUGCCUUACCAAGAACACAAAAAAGAGAGAUAUUCAAGGACAAAUCUUCUAAGUUCACAAUAUGCCUUUUCAACGCCUUUCAAGACACCUGUUUAUCAACGUUUACACAAUCCAUCUGAGUCUUCUAAUGAAAUGUCUUUUGAGGAGCACAUUCCAUGUGCCAGUAAAUCAGACCUUGUUAAAGAGUCUAGGUAUGAUUAUCUUCCCAAAUACACUAUGUUUGAGUCCACAUUCUUUACUACAAACAGUGUCCCUAGAGGAAAUGCUGAGAAAUCAAGUUGCUUUAUUCCUACUUCUAAAAUUCUUCUUCCUCACAAAGAUGUUGACAGUGAUGAAGAGUAUAUGAGGUUACCGUCAAAUCUUAAAGAGUUGGAGAGCUUGGCCACCCAUUUAAAGGACCUGUCUUUAGGUGCAGGUAAGAAUAGAUACUCUGAUUAUGGGCAAGAUGGCGACAGUCGACAGAAUUGGCAGUCGUUUGGAAAUACUGAAGAUUUACAUGAACCCAAGAAAGGUGGAGAAUAUGAGCAUGGUAGCUACAGGGGUCAGAGCUUGAUACUUGAUGAAUCGUCCAUUCCGCAUGCCUUCCCGGACAUAAGUGGAUGUUCCCCAAUGCAAACAGUCCAAGGAGCCAAGACACUUAUUCAAAGCAUUCAGAAGUUUUGCCUUGAGCUUGAGAAGCUUAUCCAGUGGCUUUAUGGUGUUGCUGAAACAGUAGACAACUGGAUUGCUCCAAAGCCUGAUGUGGAAAGUAUCCAGUCGGCACUGAGCCUUUACCUGAAAUUUAAGAAGGAUAUAGCCGAGCAUCAGGGACUGGCUGAAACUGUAGUAAAAAAUGGAGAAUUACUCCUAAAAUAUAUGUCUGUCAAUUCUUCUGUUUUGAAGGACACUCUUGUAUUAAUUUCCAAACAAUCGGGAGAACUAGAGAAACACUCGGAACGCCUGUAUGCAUCAGUUCUCGAAGCUAUGGAUACCGUCACUGAUGACAGCUUGGGGAGGAAUAGUAAUUUAAAACAUGUCUCCUUGGAGAUGGAAUCAAGUUAGGUUGAAAAGCUGAAGACUAUAUUCCGCAUGGCAAACUGAAGAACCUGCAGACGUUUUAAACUGGUUUGGAAUGGCUGGGAUUUGUUUAAAGUGCAUUUGAAGAUGAUCAGGAUAGGUGAUAAAACAGCUAUUCAGAAGUUAUUUUAAGCAUGUUCUGUAUAAAGUACAUUUUAAUUACUUGUUAUGUGUUCAGAUUUGUAUUACUAUUGAUUUGUCAGAUGUCUGCUACAUUGGUUUAUAUUUUGUGUGCACCAUCUUCCAACUUUGUCACUCACUCUUAAGCUUGUUUAAUAAGAGCUCCAGUUAAUAAACAUCUUAAUU